AUGGAGGAACCAGUGGAGACCCAAAAAGUUAAACUUAAUAAAAUUGCGUUAAGCGAUAGAAAAUUAAGGCUCUCUUUAAAAUACAGACCAGAUAUCCUAAAGUUGAUCCUAAAAUUAAAGCUUUGCUUGGUGAAAAAAAAUAAAGUUAUUAAGAAGCUGAAACAACAGCUCCAUAAGAUUGUAAACGUAGAAAAACAUGAAAAAAGUACACAAACAGAUAAUGCAAAAACUAGUGAAGACAAUAAUGAAAGUAAAACUAGAAACGGCAUUGCUAAUAUUGAAGAUGGUAGUCAGCCUGGUUGGGAAUUAGAGGGUGACAAUCAGAAGAGUAUAGCUGAUCAAGUUGCAGAGGUAGCACAGAAUGCUAUGCAGCAAUCUGGAAUGGUCUAUGUCGAGUCAGCUGGCAUGUACUAUGAUUAUAAAACUGGAUAUUAUUAUAAUUCUGAAUUGGGUUUAUAUUAUCACACGGAUACUGAAUGUUACUAUUACUAUUCAGACGCCAAGAAGACCUUUGUUUUUCAUUCAUAUCCUGACAGGAGUGCAGAAAAUAGUCAACAAAUUGCACAUUUAAAGAAAAAAAAUAAACAAAAGAGGGUUGCCAAAUCUGAUGAUGUAGAAAACAUUACGAAAACUCUCUCUCAGGAUGACGCUCCAAAACCAAAACGUAAGAAAAAAGAAGUGAGUGUCGAGAAAAAUGAUAAAAAUGAAGACCAAGAAACUCGGAUUGAAGAGAAAAGUGAAACACCUCUAGAUUUAGAAGAUGGAGAAUGUAGUGAUUCACAUGACGAAGAUGAUGAAGAGCGUGCUGACUCAGAAGAUUGUGGGAGCACAUCGACAGCCAGUGAUGAUGAAUCCAUUGCAAAGCACCAUCCGCCGUGUAUGCGAGUAAUAGUACGCGAAACGAUGUUGCCAAAAUUGAAAGUGGGUAGUUUAUUCCUGAUAACCAAAGAUGGCGGUACAGUUGGAAGAGAAGGGGACCACCACACGAUUCUGUUGCGAGAUCAAAAUGUAUCUAGAAAUCAUUUGGAAAUUAAAUAUGAUAUAGAUAAACAGGCAUAUCUAGCUGUAGACCUUGGCUCCAAGAAUGGGACCACACUGAAUGGCGUCAGGAUGUCAGCAAGUCAGGAGACAAGUAGCCCUCUGGAGGUAGUCCAUGGCAGUACGCUGCAGCUGGGAGAAACUAAACUGCUAUGUCACAUCCACCCCGGUACUGAUACCUGCGGACAUUGUGAACCCGGCCUUAUUAUGGAAUCUAAGGAAAAAGAGACUAAAGUGGCAUACACGAGGACGUGUAAUGUGAAAAGACAGCACGAACUUGAAUUGGCUCGAUUGAAGAACAAAUACGCCCCAAAGUUGUUGGAGAUAGACCAAGUCGCGUACAACGAUAGAGCGCAGAUGCGCAGAGAGAAGGUCGGUUCGUCGCAUCACGCUGAAAAGACCCAGAGCAGUGACAUCAAUACGUUCAUAACGCCAGAGAACAAGGGAUUCAAGUUGCUGCAGAAGAUGGGUUGGUCGAAAGGCGAGGGUCUCGGUAAAGACAGCCAAGGAAACCACGAACCAAUACCUCUCGUCAGCAACGAGGGCAAAUCUGGUCUGGGUGCACCUUCUAUGCCAGAAGCACCCACCGGAAGCCUUGGUCCUGCUACCCUUAGGCUUGCUGCUAGGACCAAAAUGCUCCAACCGCCAGCCAAAGCAUUCCAAAACGAACCUGAUGAUGACUACGAAUAA